AUGAUGAUUCGCCUUGUGUGGCCGUCGCGGUGGUCGUUCAUAAAAUACGUUUACUUCCUCAAUAGGACCAGCGCCUUUAUUUCUUCGUUUUCUCUGGUAUAUCUGUUGUUAGCCAUCAGUGAAGAAGAGUCAUGCAGACCAAGCGUAAUUGCCACUGCUCUGAUGGGACAGUUGACCUUCGUCAUCGGAGAGAUUGUCCUUUUCAUGCGUGUACAUGCCAUUUGGUGCUGCACCAGGCGCUUGCUAAUUCUCCUGUUGAUGCCGGGUGUGGUGGGAUCGGCUUACGCCGGCUUGCGUGCGGCCAGCACUGCCAUCGCCAGUGACGACAUUUCCAGAGCUGUUCGACUCGGGAUGCCUAGUGAUCUACACAAGCACAAUGCAAUGGGCUUGUUAUCUUAUUCUCCUAUCCCAUGA